UCAGGACACCCCUCAGCUUGUAAGGACACAAACAUGGCGGCCUCCUUGCGGCUGGGGCGUCAAGGAAUUUUAACCGGUUUGAGAUUAGUAAAAAUUAAAAAAUGUCCAUGGACAGCACAUACGUUUCGGGAGCAAGUCAGAAGCUUAUUUCAGUCUCCGUCUUUCUUUGGUCUCCCCCCACUGAAGGUGCAGAUGCCUGCCCUGUCGCCCACCAUGGAGGAGGGCAACAUCGUCAAAUGGCUCAAGAAGGAAGGUGAGGCAGUGGCAGCCGGCGAUGCUUUGUGUGAAAUUGAGACGGACAAAGCUGUGGUCACCAUGGAGUCUAGUGAUGAUGGUGUCCUAGCAAAAAUUCUGAUGGAAGAGGGCAGCCGUAGUGUGCGUCUGGGGACGCUCAUCGCUCUGAUGGUGGAGGAAGGAGAGGACUGGAAGAAAGUGGAAAUCCCACCCCCAGAACCUAUAGCUGCUGCAGCUCUGCCCACACCCACUCCAGCCGCCGCCCCUCCGCCAGCGCAAGCUCCGCCUCCACCCCCUCGCCCAGCCACCACUGGACCGCUGCGAUUGAGUCCUGCUGCGAGACACAUCUUGGACACACACGGCCUUGACCCUAAACUGGCCACGCCCACUGGAAUUCGAGGCCUCAUUACUAAAGAAGACGCCCUGAAUCUGCUGAAGAAGGUGGGCACCACGGGCAAACCCGCCCCGGCCGUAUCUGCCCCUGCCCCGGCCCCCACACCUGCCCCAGCCCGGGCAGCAGCAGCCCCUGCACCCCCGCCGCCCUCCGGACGGCCGUUGUACCCCCCCAUCUCUGUCCCCGGAAAACCAGGGGCCCCUGGCACGUUUUCCGAGGUGCCAGCAACGAACAUACGCCGUGUGAUUGCCCAGCGCCUCACAGAGUCCAAAACCACCAUCCCUCACGCAUACGCCACUGUGGACUGCGACAUGGGGGCUGUGCUCAAGCUGCGCAAGGAGCUGGCCAAAGAGGACAUCAAAGUGUCCGUCAACGACUUUAUCAUCAAAGCAGCCGCAGUCACACUUAGAGAGUUACCUGAAGUCAACGUCACCUGGGCGGGCGACGGCCCCAGAGCCUUGGGCUCCAUCGACAUUUCCAUCGCCGUGGCGACGGACCGAGGCCUCAUCACCCCCAUCAUCAAGGAUGCGGCCGGCAAGGGCGUGCAGGAAAUCUCCUCCAGUGCCAAGGCUUUGGCUCAGAAGGCUCGGGAUGGGAAACUAUUGCCUGAGGAGUAUCAGGGUGGAUCAUUCAGCAUCUCUAAUCUGGGCAUGUUUGGCAUCAGCGGCUUCAGCGCCGUCAUCAACCCUCCUCAGGCCUGCAUCCUGGCUGUAGGAACCUCGCGCACCGAGCUGCGGCUGACCCCUGACGCCCAGGAUGGCUCGGGGCCUGCCCUGUGCGCCCAGCAGCUCAUGACCGUCACCUUGUCCAGCGACGGGCGUCUGGUGGACGACCAGCUGGCCUCGCGGUUCCUGGACAAGUUCCGCGCCAAUCUGGAGCAACCACAACGCAUGCAGCUAGCGUAGAGAGGAAGCAAGAUGGACGGAUGAAAAAAAAGAGGGAGAAAAGGGAGGGAAGGGCAGAAAAGAAAAGUGUAGAAGAGUAGAAGUGCAGCACUGGUGAUGAAAGAGGGACAGGGGCAAAGGAAAGGGGAGAACAGGUUACCUUAAGAUGGUGUUAACAUGGUCAGACCAAAACUCAAGGGAGAGCCAACACACUACAGGGUCCAUGACCACCACCAUUCAGAGCAGCUUCACUUUCAGUCCCAACUGUCAAAUGUACCAUCAUUUCAAAUUUAAAUGUGUACAAACUUCAACCAGAGGGGUCCAUGUGUCAUCCAAGAAUCAACGUGUCAGCUGAUGCCAAGUGCUCAUGUCUAAUUUUGUAAAUUUUUCAGCAUACAGUAUAUAUAUAUAUAUAUAUAUAUAUAUAUAUUAUAUACUCUUACAUAAAUCCGUAAAUAAACAAACAUUCUGACUCUUUCUGACAGUUGGUUUUAGCGCCUGGACUCCGCUGAAUCAGUUUGCGCAAUGUUGCUCAAUGCAUCCUGUCAGUAAGAUUGUGUAAAGAUAUCCACCCAUCCACUGUGAUGUAUUUUUUUUUUUCAUGUCAUGUUUAUAGUGUGCAUUAACUUAUUUGAAAAACAUGUCAUCUAAUAAAAACCUGGCCAUGACAAGC